CCACCCUGUCUCCCAACCAACCAGAUACUCUCUCCAAAUAAACUAAUGUUACUACUUUCUUUUGUAUCUUUACAAAUGCAUCUUAUACAUAUCCAAGCAAAUGUGACUACCUUUUCCCAACCUUUCACACAACUAAUGGCAAAGUAUACACACUGUUCACAACUUCAUGGUACUGGAUUGUAUGCCACUGGAUUUGUAAUGCCCUCCUGAUGGGCAUUAAACUUGUUUUCAAUCCAACCUACAAACAACCUUACACACACAUCAUUUUACAUUAUACACAAACCACAGUUAUCAAAAUCGCCGUUAAAGGAUAUCUGAAGUCAUCAUUUUGGUGAACUUAACCAAAAUGCCUCCAUUAAAACUUGUACCAAUCCUACACUCAAAAUAUGUAAAUCAGAUAACUUUAGAUCAGAGAUAUGACAUAAAAAAUGUUAACGCUGUGUAAAAUUAGAUUUCUACCCACUUGGCUAUAAGUUUUAUUAUCCCUGAACAAUCAAAGGCCCCACAGAGUAAAAUAGUACAAACACAAUUGGUUUGGACAUUCGCAAGAACUGAAUCAAGGAACCUCAUUAACUUAAGAGCCUCUGAGAUAAGGGCGCCAAAAUCAGUUAGCAAAAUUCUGAGUUGAACGCUCAGCAUCAAGAGCUGUGAAAGUCAACAGAAGAGGAACAGAGGAGGUGAGGACUCUGGAGACGGAAUCUCCCUCACAGCGUCCAGCUUCUGGGGACCGAAAAUUCCUUCCACUCAACUGUCUCGGAGUGCAAGAAGCAGAGGAGAACCACCCAACAGUGAUGACAGGCCCGAUUGUGAUGCAGAGAAUGCUGAGGUACGUGGUCGCGCGGCUCAGAGGGGUCUCACCACAGCGAUGGUCGGCCCGAAGAGGCCACUGUGGACAAUGGACGUGAAGAAAUUGGAAGCCUCCAUAGGUUUUCUUGACGUGAGAGGGUUCCUGGAUACCUGUCAGUUGCAGAAUCCAAGGACCCCUUUCAUCCUUUCUCCAUACUGCUUGAUGGGAGGCAUUAUGGCCCCCAAAGACAUAAUGACAAAUACUCAUGCUAAAUCCAUCCUCAAUUCAAUGAACUCCCUCAGGAAGAGCAACACCCUGUGUGAUGUGACGCUGAGAGUAGAGCAGAAAGACUUCCCUGCCCAUCGGAUCGUGCUGGCUGCCUGUAGCGAUUACUUCUGCGCCAUGUUCACUAGUGAGCUUUCAGAGAAGGGGAAACCGUACGUUGAUAUCCAGGGUUUAACUGCCUCUACCAUGGAAAUCCUGUUGGACUUUGUGUACACAGAAACCGUGCACGUGACAGUAGAGAACGUCCAAGAACUGCUCCCUGCAGCCUGCCUGCUGCAGCUGAAAGGUGUGAAGCAAGCCUGCUGUGAAUUCUUGGAAAGCCAGCUGGACCCUUCCAACUGCCUGGGUAUCAGGGACUUUGCUGAAACUCACAACUGUGUUGACCUGAUGCAAGCAGCUGAGGUGUUUAGCCAGAAGCAUUUUCCUGAAGUGGUGCAGCAUGAAGAGUUCAUUCUUCUAAGUCAAGGGGAGGUGGAGAAGCUGAUCAAGUGUGAUGAAAUUCAGGUGGAUUCUGAAGAGCCGGUCUUCGAGGCUGUCAUCAACUGGGUGAAGCACGCCAAGAAGGAGCGCGAGGAGUCGUUGCCAGACCUGCUGCAGUAUGUCCGCAUGCCCCUCCUGACCCCCAGGUACAUCACCGACGUCAUAGAUGCCGAGCCUUUCAUCCGCUGCAGUUUACAGUGCAGGGACCUUGUGGAUGAAGCAAAGAAGUUCCAUCUGAGGCCUGAACUGCGCAGUCAGAUGCAGGGUCCCAGGACAAGGGCCCGUCUAGGAGCCAAUGAAGUGCUUCUGGUCGUCGGGGGCUUUGGAAGCCAGCAGUCUCCCAUCGACGUGGUAGAGAAGUAUGACCCCAAGACUCAGGAGUGGAGCUUUCUGCCAAGCAUCACUCGAAAGAGACGGUACGUGGCCUCAGUGUCCCUGCAUGACCGGAUCUAUGUGAUUGGUGGCUAUGACGGCCGUUCCCGCCUCAGUUCAGUGGAGUGUCUCGACUACACAGCAGAUGAGGAUGGGGUCUGGUAUUCUGUGGCCCCUAUGAAUGUCCGGCGAGGCCUGGCUGGAGCCACCACCCUCGGAGAUAUGAUCUAUGUCUCUGGGGGCUUUGAUGGAAGCAGGCGUCACACUAGCAUGGAGCGAUAUGACCCAAACAUUGACCAGUGGAGCAUGCUGGGAGACAUGCAGACAGCCCGGGAAGGCGCCGGCCUUGUCGUGGCCAGCGGAGUGAUCUACUGUCUAGGAGGCUAUGAUGGCUUGAAUAUCUUAAAUUCAGUUGAGAAAUAUGACCCCCACACAGGACACUGGACUAAUAUCACGCCAAUGGCCACCAAGCGCUCUGGUGCAGGAGUAGCCCUGCUGAAUGACCAUAUUUAUGUGGUGGGGGGAUUUGAUGGCACAGCCCACCUGUCUUCUGUUGAAGCAUACAACAUUCGCACCGAUUCCUGGACGACGGUCACUAGCAUGACCACCCCGCGAUGCUACGUCGGGGCCACAGUGCUUCGGGGGAGACUUUAUGCAAUUGCAGGUUACGACGGGAACUCCCUGCUGAGCAGCAUCGAGUGCUAUGACCCUGUCAUCGACAGCUGGGAGGUCGUGACCUCCAUGGGAACCCAGCGCUGUGACGCUGGCGUGUGUGUUCUCCGAGAGAAGUGACCAGUCCAAGGGGCAGUCUGCAGAGAGCCAAGGAUCCUUUCCAGAAUGUCUGUUUCUCACUGUGUGCAUGGGAUGAUUACAAGCACCAGUGCCAUGAUGAUUGUACUUAUUUAAUACCCCCUCUCUCACUGGUCCUUGUCUCCGAGGAGGGUGGGUAACAGACACUCAAGGGAAGAGAACGCGUGCUGAGUGGGUGUGAGAGGCCAGACCACUUCUUGCCGAGGGAGCACUUUCUUGUCAUUUUAACUUAGCGUGUGCUUGGGAGAGUGUACGUGUUAAGUUGUGCCCCGUGUGUUAUAGAGAAUACGGUGAGUAUGACCUGCGGGGUGUAGGCAGGAUCCAGCCUAGAUGACUGGAAAGAUACCACCUCUUGUUUUCCAGGAAUAAAUAUCUUUCCUAGUCUACAGGUAGCAAGGGGCAACACUGUCCUGUUCUGGAGGGAAACAGAGGGAAGAGCUGUGUCAAAACUUUGGGGGCCUGGGGAGGGGUCUUCCUGACACUCGAGGGGAGCAAGGUUGCUGUCAGAACUGGGUUCAGCGUGAAGUGAACUGAAUUUGGUGGGAUGUGAGUGCGCCUGCAACACCUGGAGGAGUGAGAGGGAGUGUUAUUUGGAGAGUCUUCCCAUUGCCCCAUGGUGUUUCUGAGCUAGAAUGUUGUGCCCUUGGCUCUGGAGACUGUGAGAGAGUAACAAAGAGGUGGGGGGGGGAGCGGAGAUGGAGGAAGGGGCAUUCAGUAUGCCGGGACAGGCUAGAUUCCCUGCCACAGCUCAUCUGCCUUGAGUGGGUGAAAGGCCGUCUUUCUUUAUUGAAUCAAAUACUACUACACUAUUACACAUCCAUACUAUUUAUAGGGGGAGGGGAGGGGUGGGGUGGCAGCCACCUAGAAGUUCAGCUCCCUGAUUACUCCCCAGUUCUUUUAAGGGCAUACUUCUGCUAAGAAGUUGUUUUUACUGCUGUGUUUUUUUACAUUUAGUCCUUUUCCUACUAUAAUAUCCCUUCCCUGUCUUUAGACUGGAUUUUAUUCAUCCCAGGAGAGAAUAAUUACCAGCAACCAAAAUCCUUUUGUUAGUUUCAGUACGUGCUGUCCCUGUGUCUGAGCUGCCAUCCAAGGCUCUCCUGUGCUAUGGAGUGACAUUCCUGCUUCAUGGGUGUUGGGAGCGUGGGGACGCGAUAACCUAAACAAGGAUGCACUUUCCUUUUGCUCGGAAAUUCCACUUUUUCCUUUUUUCCCUGAGUUGUGUUGACCUAAAGUUCAUUUCCUUUGUAUUUUUUUUAAGAAAAUAUUAAAAAAAAAAAAAAAACCAAAAAACGGGUCUCAAAUGUCUGUAAGCAAGUUUGUGGCAAACCAGCACCGCCUUGCAGACAUUUUGGGGACCAGGCAUAGAGAUUAGCUGUAGGUCCUGUCUCUUCAACCUGUUCACCUGUGUGUUUGCCAGUCAGCUCUGCUGUGUCUGUUAGACAAGGGAGAGGUCUCUGGAGAUUCUCAUCAGUAAAAUGUAUGCAUGUUCAUGGGCUCCUCUCACAAUUGGGGUUUACUUGAAAGCCACAGGAAAUAAAGGAGAGGCGGUUUGGGCUUCAAGUUGUA